AUGUGAAGGUUCACUUGAGGAGAGUGAAGGAGCAGCAGCGGCCGCCAGAGGUCUCUCCUUCCACCCUCAACACUCAACAAGAUGCCUAGUGUCAGUGUUAAAGACGUCAGCCAGCAAGGCUUCACAAAGGCUUUUGCAGAAUUUCUGAAAAAGUCUGGCAAGGUUAAGGUUCCAGACUGGGCUGAUCUUGUUAAGACUGCCAAAUUCAAGGAACUUGCACCAUAUGAUGAUGACUGGUUUUACACCCGUGUCGCAGCUGUUGCCCGUCACAUCUAUAUGCGAUCCCCUGUGGGCGUUGGAAGUGUUCAGAAGAUGUUUGGUGCACGUCAAAGUCGUGGAACUGCACCAUCACAUUUUUGCAAGAGCUCUGGUGCAGUUGCCCGUAAGGCUCUACAAACUCUGGAGUCACUGAAGCUUGUGGAGAAGGCUCCCAAUGGUGGCCGCAGAUUGACCUCCCAGGGCCACAGGGAUUUGGAUCGUAUUGCUGCACAGAUGAAGGUUGCCAAAGCAAAGACUGUGCCUAUUAUUGUUACAGCACAAUAAAAAUAAGUUUCCUUUCA